AUGAUCGCCGACAGUCAACCCCGACCAUGCCGACCUGGAGCUCUGCAGCAGCUUCCGGGAGAAGUCGUCUGCCACAUUUUGUCGGAGUUUCCUGUCGACGAGCGCCUGCGACUGUCGGCAGACAUUGAAGUCAGCGCGAACGCCACUCUCGCUCGAGUAGGAAUGCAACGGUUUGCGAAUCGGUUCCCACGCCUCCAAAGCAUCUCGAUAAAACUACAAGAUCUGUCCGAGAUUCACAUGGAAAACGCCGUAAGCUUUGCCCAAGCCUUCCGUGGUCAUCCGUCCCUGGCCCAUAUCGACAGCUGCACCUCGGCAGUGCUGCUGGGCAUCCGAAACUGUCCCGGGCUGGUGUCGCUCAAGAUCAACGAGGAUUAUGUCAUGCCGGUGCCGCAUCUGCUGCGAAUGAACGGACUCGAGGCUGUCUUUCGCCAUGUGCCACGCCUCCGGCACCUGGAACUCAAUAGCCCGCUUCUAUGGGCUGUCGACGGCUUCAGCCACUGGGACGACCAGGACUACGACGAUUCUGUUGCGGGGGACGAACUUGAUUUGGACUCGGAUGACGGGAACAGCUCUCCGAUGUCCUGCAAUCCCAGCGUGAAUCUCGAAUCUCUUCAAUCGCUGGUCAUUCGCGGGCUCCAUAGCCAGUCCCUCCGUGACUUUUCGUUUGGCUGGCUUCGAAGAACACGGCUCUCCAGCAUCAGGUCCCUGUCGCUAUCGGCCGAUGACCACACCGAACUUCCCAGGCACGCCAUCAAGUGGAUUCGACUGGCCUACCCACAACUAGAAACGCUCUGUCUUGAGUUCAUUUCUCUUGAGCGCGACGAUAUUGCGGAUCUAUUCACACGCUUCCGGCACUCUGGCCUUCGGAUGAUAGCCCUCGUCGGCUGCGAGCUGCCCUCGCACGAACUGUUUGAGCUCACCUCCUGGACUAUGGGCGAAAUCGCAGCCAAGAGCCAGAACUUGGUCUCGUCCGUCGUUGAGAUGCUCACCACCAACAUUCCGUCACUCACAUCGAUUGAGCUUCGCAACUGCAGCUUCCGGCAAGGAUUGAUCGAGUCGGUCGGAACUGAGGCCGAAAUCGAGGUUCAAGCCGAAGCCGUAGCUGCCGAUGCUGGGAUAGUCGACUGCCGGCUCGUGAAGCUGGAGUCGUUGCAACUGCUGGGGCUCGGACGAGGCUUGCCUCUCAAAGAGCCUGUCUUCAGGGGCCUGCCGAAUCUGAGCGUGCUCAGAAUUGACGAGGCCUCCGGAGGUGCUGGCGAAGAAGAACGGCUCUGGAACAUGCUCUGCGAACACUGUCCCUUGCUGCAGACCCUGGAUAUUCGGUUCACCCGCUUUCGACAACAGCAUAUACCAAACGCAACGGGUGGCCAAGAAUCCGCACUCAAACAUCCAGCCACGCUCACGUAUCUUGAAGAGCUGUCCCUCUACGCUCCGCACUCGGUUGGGUUCGCUCAGCAUAUCCUUCAGUCUAAUCGUGGACUGAAGCGACUCAAGCUCAACUAUCUGUCUGUGCCAAGCCGAGACACUUGCGGCUCGCCUGACGACCACCUUGGCGACGCCUGUGCUGGCCACGACCUUGGCAACGAGAUUCAUCUGCCGGAUUUGCAAGAGCUUACUCUUCACACCCAUGGCCCUGACUCUGAGCAGGCUGUGAAGCGUCUGGCGACUCUCAUCGCCAAGCAUUCAUCCCGUCUGUCCAUCCUGAAUAUCCAAGCAACCCGCUCAGUCACAGCCGCACUCGGGGUAACAGCACGCACCGACCCAGCCCAAGACGGUGUCGCACUGGAUGAUACGGAUGAAGAAGAGAACCUCGACCACAUCACGACCCUCGUCCAGCUUGGAGUGGAUCUUCUGCCACCCGAGGCGCAGAUCAACGGCGUCUUUGUGAAGGAGCUGGCGAACGCCUGUCCUCGUCUAGCAGUCUGGAAGAUCUCUGGCAUCGGUCUGACAAGGGAUGGACUUGCGGAAAUCGCCAGCUCAGCUUCCUGGCGGUCGUCACUCCGCGAGCUCGAGAUCAAAGCCAAAGGCGUUGCCCACCUUGAUGGCGACUAUGACCAGGCCUUGCGCUGCCUGGUUCGUACCCACUUUGCCCUCCAUCGGCUUACACUCACCGUGGCCAGUCUGUCGCAGAAAGAUGGAUUCCUGAGCCAGCUGCCGAUCGUCCGGCAUCUGAUCGAAGCCACCAGCCAAGAACUCCGAUCGGGCGCUCGGGACACGGAGGGAUUCGUUGAGAGCAUGGACCGGACCAGACGCGCGAUCGCCAAGGCCUAUGCUGCCGAGCUUGCCAACGAGGCUCGGCUGGCAUCGAAUCGCUCGGUCUGGGGGCUGUCGGUCAUCGUCGAGUCGCCAAGUCUCCGCACCCAGCUCAUCCGCCGGAGGCUGCUUGGACGGAUCCGAGCGAGCCGCAUGCAUGUGGCCUUUGAUCACAGCGCCGAGUAGGGCGGAGCGAAAUGUGCACUGCUGCUCCCGAAGCCCUUCUAUCUCCGACCAAUACAAACUGAGCCUGGGAACUCGAUGCCGAAUGGGACCAAUCCUUCGCGGCCUGGGAUGGAAGAAAGGGUGCAGGCUGGGAGUGUCGCCUUGGCUGCGGGCG